GGUAAAUGUCAAAUCUUUGUCACAGGAUCCUGACAUGACAACUGACACAAUAAAACGAAAAACAUGUCCUGAAACCAGCUUCUCAGAAACAUCCUUUGGAGAGUGUAUUAACAACAUUCAAAUUCCAUAAAAAAAAUCUUUUUUUUUUUUUACUCACACUACGUAGUGGUUCUCUGAAGACACUUUUCGUUAUAAAUCAAUAAAAGUACAACAUUAAUGGAGAAUAUUGUUUUACGCUAUAGAAAAACUUUGCCGAUUAUUUCGGUGCGUAGUGCAUAAAUAUAUUGCAUGUAAAUUAUCAGAAAAUGGGGGGGGGGGGAAUGUAAACGCUGUCUGAACAUACCAUACAGUACACUGACAUUCUGGCCACAGACGCAGAACAACAAUUUCAGGCCGGUGGGGAGAGGCUCUGAUUUAGAACUUUUCCACGCGUAAUUGUCGCCGUCAUAGGUGUUUUGAAAACAAUCAAUGUUUACGUCACUAUGUUUAUACAUGUCCAAAGUGUGAUCUGUAUGAAUGAGAGGGUCGGCCUAGCUUUAUUGUGUGUACAUGACUAUCGCUUAAUCACUAGGUUAUGAAAACGACUAGGAAAGAAAUCAUAAUUUUCAAAGCCCCCGCAGAAGACGGGGAUAAAAAUGGAGAAGAUGCUUACAAGGUCACCUUGGAGGAAGCCGGUAUCACAGCACAUAUUGUUCCAGUGUUAACGUUUGAGUUCUUUGAUUUGGAUAGAUUGCGUACAAAACUACAAUGUCCGGAAGAAUACUCAGGGUUGAUAUUUACAAGUCCUCGUACAGUUAAAGCAGUUGCUCUCUCUCUGGAAGGGAAGACACCAUCACAUUUUGGAUGGAGAAAUGCAUAUGUCGUAGGUGAAACUACUCGUAAUGUACUACAGAGAGAACUGAUAAUGGAAGGCAAGGGAAGCAACACUGGACAUGCUGUUGCCCUUGCUGAAUUUAUUCUUUCAGAAAUGCAGGGGACAGAGGGCAACCACCUGCCACUCCUCUACCCCUGUGGAACACUAUCAGUAGAACCUGGAGGUGAUCGCCUAAGUGGUGCAUUAGCAGUUGGUGGCAUCCAUUUGGAUCCUGUGCCAUCAUAUCGCACUUGUCCGCAUCCUGACAUUGAACAAAAUUUGAGAGCUAUAACCAAAAAAGGACUACCAGAAAUUGUUGCCUUUUUUAGCCCAUCUGGAGUUCGUUUUGCGGUACCUGUGUUUCGGAAACUGGGGAUUGACUUGGCUACACUCAAGAUUGUGGCAAUUGGGCCCACUACGGAGGCCUCUCUGAAGACUGCAGGUUUAACUGUGUGGACAACGGCAGAAAAACCAACACCUCAGCACCUAACCAAAGCAAUCAUAGAACAUUUAUAACUUGUUGCUCUAAUGUGAUAUUCUUAUUAGUCAAUUUUUUUUAUCGUUUUACCGCUCAUCCAAUUUCAGUAUGUUGCUGAUGUUAAUAUAUUAUUGCAGAAAUUCUUGUUAAUUAUUUUUGUCUUCAGUUCAUGGGAGAAAGCAUUCUUAUGUCAUUUUUUAAAUGAGUAUACAAUAAAGAACUUGAGAGCUGUUUUAA